AUGCAAGUUAACAAACGACACACCCAGACUCCAGAUCACGGGUUGAAAAAAUUUAAGAAGUCCCCCGGCAAGCUUAAUCAGGGCCCUGGAGGAUUUGACCAUGAGAAAAACUCUAGAGAACAAUCUCACUCUCAUUCUGACAUAGCAAUUGACUCUGCAUUGUUAGAGCAAGACAAAGAUAACAAAGGAGCUCAAAACCAUCUAAGCGAUAUCAGACAACAAGUAGAUGCUGCGACUGCUGCUGCUGCUGCCGCCGCUGCUUCUGUGGAUGCCUCGGCCUCUCAACACGCUCCAACAGCUUCCAAUUUGUUAGCGUAUCAACAGAUCUUCCGUCAGCACCACGAUGGAUCACCUUCUAACAAUCACCCAGGAUCUCCCACUCAGCAGCAUUCGGUGACAUCUGGAGGACCCAUAGUCAACAAUGCCACUGCUUCUUCUAGUGCGGCUUCUUCAGGCUCUGGCUAUUCGGUUAAGCCAGCCACUGGUUCUGAAGAAUGGCAUAAGAUGCGUAAAGAGAAUCACAAAGAAGUAGAAAGGCGUAGAAGAGAAAAUAUAAACCACGGAAUAAAGGAACUGGCCGCUCUGUUGCCAACAGGGGACUCGAACAAGGCUCAGAUAUUAAAGAAGGCUGUUGAUUAUAUCAAGAGAUUAAAGGAAAACGAAAACAACAACAUCGAGAAAUGGACCUUGGAGAAACUCAUCACUGACCAAGCAGUCAACGAGUUAGCCAAUUCCAAUGAGAAGCUUAAAGCAGAGCUAGAAAAGGCAUAUCGUGAAAUUGAGCAUUGGAAAAAGGUCGCUGCUGAUAACGACAAGUCUAGGCAAUAA